AUGGAUUCAGAUUGUGAAGAUUUAGAUCUUCGUGGAAUAGCUGAGGUCCAACAGUCGGCUACUGAGAAGGAUAUUAAAACGACAUAUCGGAAAAAUGGUCUACAAUGUCAUCCAGAUGAAAAUCCCUAUAAUUCUAAAGCAGCUCGAUCGUUCUCGACAUUAUAUAAACUAUUAACUAUUCUUGAAGACAUAGGAACUCGAUUAGAUAAACUCAAGAAAGUAAAGGCUAAAACUGCUGAAGUAAUGCUAGAAAAAGGAUGUGAUUUGAAUAGAAAGAAACAAGAUAAAGUGGAACGCAAGUCCAAGAGAGAACUGAAGCAUUUAAAAAAAGAAUAUUUAUCUCUACUUGCAACUGUAAUAGCCCGCAUGGAAAAGCUGCUUAGGGAGCAAGCAAUUAAUAAAAAAAGGAUCGGUUCAUUCAAAUUAAAAGUAAAGUGGAUGGCAAAUGGAGUGUAUAAUAAAGAUAAUUUAAUAUCACUGUUUUCUAAGUAUGGACACGUAAUAAAUGUUGUGGUUCUGGAAGACAAAAGUGUUGCUCUAGUUGGGUUCAAAUUUAAGACUUCUGCUAUAAAUGCCAAACAAUUUGAAGUUGGUUAUCCAAAUUGUCCUUUGACUGUGAGUUUUCUCGGAGAUUACGGACGACAAGAUAUUAAAAAAAAUUCAAAUCAUACUUCUGCUCCAAAUCCUAGUACCAGCUUUUCAGCUUAUCAAAAUUCAUAA